AUGGUUUGGCCUCGCAAACGACGCUAUAUCCACGCUUGCUGCAGACGUACUGAUGGCUAUGACAGUCAAUGCCGAAUACAUAUACUGUAUUAUAUUAUAUUAUUAAUAUACUGUAUUAUAUUUAGCAAAAAGUUCGGAUAUAAAGGGUACAGUGGAAGAUAUGUUCAGGCGGUGUUGAGAAGAUCAAUCAAUGUCCUGAACCACUUCCAUGCAGGGUUGGAUCUACGGUUUCCAGUGCAUCCUAUCACCUGCCGUUUUGUUGCCUGUCGCUACAGGGCUUCAAAAAGUACCUAUCUGGCACCUACCGGUGACAAUUGUACCGCUAGCAUAAUUCUCAACCUCAUAAAAGCGCGCAAGCUUCUCCUGCGACAAGAGGGUGAAAAAUAA